AUGCUCCUUAUCGACCGCCUUCUACAAGAUGGCCCGCAACAGAAUCAUCAAACUCUUCUAUUCGACGAGACUGCUGUAAUCAAGGCCAGCAAUAGCAGAGUAUCGAGUUCGGUGAUUAGCUUCUUUUCAAACCAACGUAUAGAAAUUUUAACGGAUCACCUGGAGGCAAACGACCUCAAGCUUCGACAGCUCCCAGAGACUCCUGAGGUAACAGCUGCCGAAGCAGAUGCUUAUAUCGAAGCCUAUUUUGAGAACCUUCACCCACUUUAUCCUUUCCUUGAUAGACAAGAAUUUGCGUCGCUUACCAGGGAAUUGAGAAUUAAGGCAGCCGGGGAUACCAACAAAUCGCUAUCGGCGUUAUACCAUGCCGUCUUAGCAUUGGGCAGUCAGUAUUGUGAUGGUGGAAGCUUUGUGCCAGGAUCGGGGAAAUCGUGGGGUCUGUUCCAAAUUUCUCUUAGGCACCUCUCCGAUCUGAUUGUCCCGGCCUACUCCCUCCUAAAACUCCAAUCUAACCCGUUGCAGUCUAUAUUCGCAAUGAAUCCGAGCUGUAUUAAGCUAGAUCAAACACUGAUAUACGAGGCUGCUAGAGUGGCCCAGCAUCUCCGCUAUCACAAAUCCAGUAAUGCUCAAGAGAAACAUCUAAGGCUGUUCUGUACCAUCCACUAUAUCGAAAAGAUGACAGCAUUCUAUGAAUCGAACAGCUCAGUGAUUGCUGAUGGGGACAUCGGUUGUGUUGUCCCUGCGGUGUCAGACUCUACUGUUGCCGGCUAUGAUUGGUUUCUUUCUGCCAACCGUCUCAGCAGGCUAUGUUCGAUGACUUAUACGUCUCUCUUUUCAACAGAGGCGACUCUUAAGACGAAGACAUCUUUCCUAGGCUCCAUCAAGCGUAUACAGAGUAGAUUAGAGCAAUGGCGCUCGUCGGUUCCUAUGGCCUACCGCCCGGGCAAGCAACUGGACAGGAGUGGAUUCGAGCGUCUGAGUACUAAACUGGUUGUGAUCCAGGCACAUUGUCUGUACUACACCCUUGUUAUUGCUGUCGAGAGACUAUCCCUGCACGUUAAUUCAGAGUACGAUGUGGAGAACAACGAUCACCAGCAGAACUUGAUGGAAGCAGCGCAGAGUGUGAUUGAACUGGUCCCAUUCAUCGACCUAGCGCUACACAUGCCAGUGUUCUAUACUAGCUUCUCUACCGCGAAGGCGUCCCUCUAUUAUAGUAAAGCUAUUAAUUCUAUGGCUGGUAUUAUGCCAAUGUCUGCCAUGUUCGUCUUAUUUGACUUGGUAGUCUGCUAUCCCCGACACAGCGAGACCAACAAGAAUUUAGCCCUUCUCGACCAAGCAGCAGAGUACUUCACGCGGCUUGAAAUGAUCUCUAAAGGUAUUCUACCAGGGAGGAACAUCGCAGAAUUUACGACCAUUGCUCGCCAUUAUAUUCGAAAACUCAAAUUUGACGAUGCUAGACCGAGGGGAGCGCUAUCAUGGCUCUCCUCUAUACCCAACCUUGUGCACAGACCUGGGAAGCUCGAGCAGUGGAAUCCAGAUAUCGAGCUCAAUAAUUUAUUUGCCAGCUCUGCAGAUAAUAUGGGGAGUCUUGGUAGCGCCCACCCUGCUAUUGAGAGCUCAGUGGCACUACCCAUGGCACCGAAUUUUCCCCUUGACCCAGCAAUACUGCUCGAAAAGUUAAUAGAGUCAGAUUAUCCGAAUGGGUCACAUUCUAUGUUUGAUAUUUUGUUUCCUGGAUGGGCUCCUGAGGAUACAGGAAUGGCCGAGCUUAGCGAUGUUACAAACGAACGAAACCUGUAG